UAAAAAAUUUUAAGGGUCAGACAGAAAUAUCAAUAGGGUUUUGAUACAUCGAUAUAAUAAGCUAGGGUUUCAAUUUCGUCCACCUCUUCCUCGUGGGCGACCCAUCUUUUCAAGCGAGCUGCUGUUCAGAUCUUCAAUCAAUUCUCAAAUUAUUUAUUGUUCAUUGUCGGCUUUCUCUUCAUGGCAACCCGUAUUCAAUUUGAAAACUCUUGUGAGGUUGGAGUUUUCUCCAAGCUGACAAAUGCAUACUGUUUGGUUGCAAUUGGAGGAUCAGAAAGUUUUUACAGUGCUUUUGAAGCUGAGCUUGCUGAUGUUAUACCCGUAGUCAAGACCUCAAUUGGAGGUACAAGAAUAAUUGGAAGACUAUGUGCAGGAAACAAGAAUGGGCUUCUCUUGCCUCACACUACCACUGAUCAGGAACUUCAACACUUGAGGAACAGCUUACCAGACCAAGUUGUUGUUCAGCGCAUUGAUGAACGUCUGUCUGCUUUAGGCAAUUGCAUAGCUUGCAAUGAUCAUGUUGCCCUUACACAUACUGAUCUGGACAAGGAAACAGAAGAACUCAUAGCUGAUGUUCUUGGAGUUGAAGUCUUCAGGCAAACAAUUGCCGGAAACAUUCUUGUUGGCAGUUAUUGCACCUUUUCCAAUAGGGGUGGCUUGGUUCAUCCGCAUACAUCCAUCGAGGACCUUGAUGAACUGUCCACCCUUCUCCAAGUCCCGCUGGUCGCUGGCACUGUUAACAGAGGGAGUGAAGUUAUUGCUGCUGGAAUGACUGUCAAUGACUGGACUGCAUUCUGUGGCGCCGACACUACUGCAACAGAGCUCUCUGUCAUUGAGAGCGUCUUCAAAUUGAGAGAAGCUCAACCAAGCGCUAUUGUGGAUGAAAUGAGGAAGUCUUUGAUUGACACAUAUGUCUAAUGCUGCGUUUCAUGCUUGAUCUGAAUGAGAUGUUUUGGGCGCCAAUGCCAAUCUAAUGAUAUUGUGUCUUACUUUGCACUGUAUCUGCUUUUUUAGAAAAGAAGAAAAAGAAGAGAAGUUUGGGUGAGAUUUAUCGUGACUAUAAUAACUUUGUUUUUCUGUUUGAUUAUUCACUCAGCAAGAAAUCUUUCUGAAUUGUUUUUGCUCUUUA